GCUUGAUAUUACCGUGCCCUCGCAGUCUCUAUUCUAGUCCAUACAAUAAUGAUUAUUAUCAAAACAGCUGGAUUUACUUGUACUUGUGACAAGAAGGCUAUAGACUACUAUUACACUUAGAUUUUCACGCGAGUGCACUAUUUGACUGAGGUAUGGCUGUUUGACGUCAUCGACGGAAUAGCGCGGAGCCAAAGGAUCAAGCUGAAGUCAGUGUCCGGUAGAGAUGGCAAAAACCAUGGUCGUCGUAGGGCUGCUUCCGGCGCUCUUGCUCCUGGCGUGCUCACCAUUGAGCAGAGCAGUGCCGGCAAGAACGGCAAGAAACGUGCCAAGUAACCCCGGGAUCCGGGAAACCGACCUGGAAGACUUGCUCAACGACGUUGCGUUAGAUCACCAAAGGGACGAGGACGAGUUGAAGGCAAAUGAGGAGGAUGCUGCAGCAUAUUACAAGCACAUUGUCAAGAUAAUUGAAGAUGAAGAUGCAGAAAUUCAGCAAGCCUCGCAACGGAGCAGUUUGGCGUCAACGACUCAGGGGAUGCGUUCGCCAGCGCAGGUAACUCCAGCAGAAUUGGGCGUGUUUCGAGCUAGCCCGUUGCAUGGUGUACUACGUCUGAUUCAACAGCGCCUCAACGACCAGCACAGCAAGCAGCAACAACAGCUACAGCAACGACGGCAUGCAAUUCGAGCCAGGCUACAACACCUGCUACAGCAACGACGGUCUGCAGUUCCAGCGAACCAGCAGCAGCUUCGAAACGCCGCACUAGAACUACUGCUGAUGAUUUGUUGCGGAAGACGGUUUACUUGAACGAAGAAAAACAAGGCAAGCUCUCACAACCCGACUGCAAAAUAAGCAGCAUAGUUAACCAACGCUCCCUUUAGGUUCUGCAGUAUGCGCUAAGUGUUUUUUAGGUACACAGAAGUCCCUGCGGGCACAAGUCUGUGUACAAGUCUGUGUACCUGUCUUCCUGCUUGGCUAUAUUUCUUCGUCUAUGAUAUCUCACCUCAUGCUAGCCCCAUGUGCCUGCCGGUGAGUUGUGUAUUUUGUAAAAAUUCAUGCUUUCGUUAGUGUGCAGUAACGUUGAACAAGCUACAUCACUGGAUAUGUGCUUUUGGAUAAUGGCAUUAUGUACUGGUCUUGUUGCUUUCAUGCAUGGUUGACGUAACCCCGUUGUUCAACAAUAUCUCCGUGUUGGGAGACGCGAUCCUGUUGUACAAGAAAUAGAGUGCAUGUUCUCAAGGUAUCACACAACUCUUGAUUUUUUUAAAUCUGGACCCGCCUCUUGUACGGGCCAAAUUCAAUACAGUUCAUUGAAAACCAG